AUGUCUGAAAAUAAAGAAAAAUCUGAUGGCGCGUAUACCGAUGCUAGUGUAGCAGAUUUUAUGGGUCAGAUAUAUAGUAAAAAGGAAUCGCCUACAACUUCGAAAGCAACGGAGCCGGAUUACUUAAAUUCAACGUUACUUGUUGAUUUGGUAGAGGCAGUUAUUUUUAGAAAUAAUGCUAAAAUAUCAGCUACAGAAAAAGUAGAACAAAAUAGUAAGUUUGAGUCUCAUUCGGAUAUAAAUGCUAUUAAAAUUAAAGCUGAACUUGGACAGGUUAAAGAAAAUUUACAGUUUACUGGACAUUACUUUUUCCCUGAAGAUGAUAAUGAUCAAGAUGUUAAAGAAACAACAGAGUUAUACUACGAUGCUUCAAGUAUGGCAGUAUCUGAUAUUGAGCUAGAAAUAGAAAACUUAAAAAGAAAUAGAGGUACUAAAGAUUUUCUAGAAGAAAUUCUUGAAUCUGAUUAUAACACAGAAAAUUUGUCCAAAAUUGAAGUGCUUACGACUAAUACUACAAAUUAUAGUGAAACUGGUAAUUUUGAUCUUAAUUAUUCUAAUGUUAACUAA